AUUUUGUGUUAAUAGCCAUCGUUUUUUCUAAGCCCUAUUUUGACGUUCAGCCAUCUCGUUGCCAGCCACUUCACCCGCGCACGCUGCACUCUCAGCUGCCGCAGUCUCAGCUUUACGACGAAAUCGCUGUCUCUCCGAGCAAUCAGAGUUGCUUAUCUCUGUUUUUUUCCCCUCGGAAACACGGUGAAGUGAUACUUGCAGGUAGCUCCUAAUGUCUGCAUUUGCGAAUCCUAACCCUAAUAAAUCCUUCGAGGUUGCUCAGCCUCCGAGUGAUUCUGUGUCGAGCCUUAGUUUUAGUCCAAAGGCCAAUCACUUGGUUGCCACUUCAUGGGAUAAUCAGGUUCGUUGUUGGGAAAUAAUGCAAAAUGCGGGUAAUGUUGCCAGUACGCCCAAGGCUUCUAUAUCUCACGAUCAACCGGUUUUAUGCUCAGCGUGGAAGGACGAUGGAACAACUGUGUUUUCUGGAGGCUGCGACAAACAAGUUAAAAUGUGGCCCUUGUUGUCCGGUGGCCAAGCCAUGACUGUAGCCAUGCAUGAAGCACCUGUCAAAGAAGUUGCGUGGAUCCCUGAGAUGAGCCUAUUAGUCUCUGGAAGCUGGGACAAGACAUUGAAGUAUUGGGAUACAAGGCAGCCAAACCCAGUGCAUACACAACAACUUCCUGAUCGCUGUUAUUCAAUGACAGUGAGAUAUCCACUAAUGGUAGUUGGUACUGCAGACAGAAAUCUGAUAGUGUUUAACUUGCAAAAUCCUCAGAAUGAAUUUAAGAGAAUUGUUUCACCCUUGAAGUAUCAAACAAGAUGUGUAGCUGCCUUUCCUGAUCAGCAAGGUUUUUUGGUUGGUUCAAUUGAGGGAAGGGUUGGUGUUCAUCACCUUGAUGAGUCUUUGGCGAAUAAGAAUUUCACUUUUAAGUGCCACAGGGAUGGAUCUGAGAUAUAUUCUGUCAACUCCUUGAACUUUCAUCCCGUGCAUCACACUUUUGCAACUGCAGGGUCAGAUGGUGCCUUUAAUUUCUGGGACAAGGAUAGCAAACAGAGGCUGAAGGCUAUGUUACGAUGCAGUCAGCCCAUAAGUAGUAGCACUUUCAACCAGGAUGGGUCGAUAUUUGCAUAUUCAGUGUGCUAUGAUUGGAGUAAAGGGGCAGAAAAUCACAACCCAGCAACAGCAAAGACUUGCAUUUACUUGCACCUUCCACAGGAGUCCGAGGUUAAAGGCAAGCCUCGGGUUGGGGGCAGCGGAAGAAAGUAGUCACUGUAAAAUCGAUUACAUUUCCCCCCUUCGAAUGUAUCUUUAUUCUUUAAUGUCAAAUUACUAAUAGGUUAAACUAGGUUUGCAAAAAUCUUGAAUAUAUUUCUAGUUUAGAACGUCAUGUAUGGCUUUUUGUAUGAUUGGAAAUACUGAAUUUUCAAAUACAUAAGAGAUCUACUGCCGUUGUUUUCCUUCGGCUAAGAAACUGUAAUUUUUACCAAGUUGAUAACCAGUGGUGAUGUUUUUAG